UUUGCAAUGCAUACCUACUGACGUCUGACCGGACAUAUUAAAAAGUUUAAUUAGUUUCUUUCAUAUAUUAUGUAUACCUAAUUUUUGUGACCAAGACGUGCUAAUUACAAGUAUGUUUCGAAAAGUAGCUAGUAAGGCAGUAGAAAAUAAUUGGACAGUUAUAAACAGCUAUUUAACCUUAGUUCUUAUUUUUGACGAUAUUGUUGGGGAUCGAUUAGGAAACGAUCAAAUCUUUAUUGCGUUGGCAAUAAUUAUUAUUUGCCUGGUGGUUAUUGUGAUUAAAUAUAACAGCAUGUACAUCCAUAACGUGUUGCACAAACUAAUGUCGAAGACAAAGCAGUGUUACAGACUCCUAACUGUUGUUGUUCGCAUGUUGCGAUUUGAGGAACGCAGUCGCUUCAUUGGCAACAAUAAGAAUUGUCAGUGUCAUUGUCGUGCUAAUAUUGAAACGUUUGUCAGAGAGUAUAAACAAGAAAACGAAAACAUACUCAAUCACAUAAUGGAAAACAGAGCGUUGAUACAAAUGGUGUUAGCCAAACUGAACUCUACUCCAGAGAAGAAGGCACUUCUUGGGCCUCCUAUGCCGCCGCCUCCGCCACCACCUUUGCCAUCACCGCCGGUUUUACCAGCUAACAGCCGUGGUCUUUGCGAUUCGUCCAAGUUACAGCGCUUCACAAACGGCUUUUUCAGGCCCGCCAUAACUGUGGAAGACAUACAAAAUGUGAAACUAAAGAAAAUCGCAUACCAUAAGGGUUACUACACAAAUCAGUCGGCCGUAUUGUGCAAUUCCAUAAAUACGAUAAAACUGAAGCACAUCAGUGGCGUUUCCAGCCUUUCUUGUAGUACCCAAGAAGCCGGAAGAUGUUAAUCUCUUGUUACACUGUUGCAAA